CGAAACCUCGCCACGAACUCGAAGGAUUCGAAUGCGAAGCCGAAGCCGAAGCGCGAUGGGUCGAAGAAGAAGAAGAAGGAGAAGGAGGAGCGACCGAUCGAUCGACCGCGCGCACUGUCCCAACGGAGGGCGCCCCUGUACCGCAGUACAGUAGCAGCCGGGGUAGGACACGGACACAGAGGCACCUCGUGCGUGAACAGAACUGCGUCGGCGCGUGUGUAGCCUAGUAGACUGGACGUCCGACAGGCCGUCUUCGCACUGACGAACGAGCAGGGCCGGCACGAGGUGCCGAUAGAAGGAUCGCAAUUGCGCAUUUCUCAGAUCCCUGCGGUGUCGAGGGCGCGGGGCGGCGCUGGCACCGAGCGCGCGAGCAGCGGAAGCGGAUUCGGAUUCGGAUUUGGACCCCGAAAUUCGGAGCUCGGAGUGCCGAGGACGCACGAAUUGGCGACCUAGUGCGCGAUCUUUCGAUUGAUCGGUGAAUUUUUAGAUCUAGGCUACAGGAGGGUGAUACGGCUUCGACGGGCAGGACGCGGAGGCGGAAAUUUGCGCUCAAGAAAUGGCGACGAUCGGCGCAAGCGGGGUCGGUGCCGAUCAUCGCUGUCGGACCGGUAGCUGGAGCAUCCGAUCCUUGUUUCAGGUCGUGAGGCUUUCCGGAGAUCUUGGUGGUAGAUUUUGCGACUUCUGAGGAGGAGUGAAAGGUGAUAGAGUCCUGCCCGACAGUCCUGAAGGGGAAUUGUAUGUAUUGGGGAAUCAUUCUGUAUGUAGCGAGGAGUAUGCGCCCCGACUUUUUGCUGCAAGUGACGAAGACGGGUCCAUCAUGUCGUGGAAUCCUGCAAAACUCGCCAGUGAAAAUGGCGGCAGCUCGGAAGAAACUGUCCUGGAAAGUGGGCGGAUGCUUGAAAGAAGGUCUAACAGGGACAAGCUGAUGGAGCAUUUGGGUACUCGGACAAGCUUAGUUUGGGUAGCUGAGGGCACCAAUUUGAGCUUCAAGGGACAGAGAUCAAUGAGAUGAAGUUCACGUAUUUCCAAGCUAAGCUUGAUUUGGAUCUCCUAUCACGUAUUAAAUUCCAUUUAGCAUACAUUCGAAGCAGCUGUACACACCAAUUUGAGAUUGUCACGACUGUGAUCCACUGCUGCAAGGACAGUCAAAGGUCUUGGUUUUGGUGCAGGUUUCUGUCACCUUACAUGGUCUCGGCUAUUGAGCUCCAAGUUUUUCCAGGUCUCUGAUUGCUUCUUAUGGCUGUAGGUAAGCGGCUUGGACUCGAGGGUUUUAGCGCCAAUGUUUUUUUCAUCCGGAGGCGAUGACGAGGAUAUCUACAUAUGGGACCGAAAUGUUCCGACAACUACAUGUUAUACUCCGAUUCUAGACAACGCAUCACCUCGAGGCGAGAUAUCUCGGAACCGCAAGGGUAAUACCAUCUCUGGAUCGAUCUCUUCCAGAAGGACUUCCGUUGUUUGGGAUCUGAGGAAAACCAUGCCAGCUCUCAGACUUGCUGUAGCAGUGAGCCUGCUCUGCCUUCUGGCGGCAGGAUCAGUCAGCAGCGAACAACCUUCACUGGACUUGGGAGAGGAGCUGGGAACGGACAUGUGUCCUGAUUGCAAACCUCUUGAGAAGGUACAUCUUGGUCCAGUUCCAGUCAUAUCGAAAACUGCAUGCUUACAUGAUGAAGAUCUGGGGGCAGACAUGUGUCCUGAAAAGCUGGACCCCUACUUGUUUCCAAGGGAGCGUACUACCCACUCUGGAGAUCUGGAGAACUACGGGGUUGAUAUGUGCCCAGAAAAAGGUCAACCUAUGGGUUCGCCUGUCGAAACACCAGUAGAGGAUACGGAUGGACGGAGCAGAAAUCUCGUAAAAGCAUUACAGCAGUUGGUGAACGUUCAGCAAUCACAAAUAGAUCAGUUAGCGGACUUUCUUCAAGCGUUAAGAAGCAGUCGGAGUCUGGAGUCCCCUUGUACGGAUCCAGAAAAGAUUGAUUUGGCGAGGGAACACACAGCAGUUCUGGCGGACUUGGGAGUUGAAGAUAUUCCUGCGAAGGUAUUAGAAGAGCCUACGCCGGAACGUCCGCUCACGACAAUAACUAACGGAGAGCCCACUGGGGCAGAGUUGGAUCAAACGUUUGAGCGUUCAGCUGUUACCAAAAAGACAGCGGUCACAGCAGAGAGCUUUGGAAGUGGAUCCGGAGGAAUGACUGUUGCCAGAUAUAAACCUGCGUGGGCAGAGCACUUCAGUUUCCUUUCUGCCGUGAAGGUUGAUGGGGAGGUCUCAUGCCUACACGUUCUGCCCCAGGAGGGAGAAGACGGGAUCAGUCGCUAUGUCAUUGUUGGAGAUAUGACCGGGCGGCUUUACGUCUUCAUGUGGCUUGGAGAUCUGCUCCUUGAUUACAUGACUUUGUCAUUAGCACCUAUCACUACUAUGCUAUCUUAUGUCGUUUUGAAGAACGAAACCAUUCUGGUGACUGGACAUGCCGAUGGUUCAGUUCUGGUGCACCGGAUUUGGGAAGCUGUAGAUCAGGGGCAAGAUGAUACCACCAUAUUAACCAUUGAAUAUGUUCAUCCGUUGAUCCCACCUCCCCAGCGAACACUACGUCCUAGAUUGGAUUCUGCAAUGCCCGGUCAGCCAACCGGCUUUUCAGCUCCUGGCUCUGUGAAGGGAGAAAGCGAUGGCGAUGUCAUCAAUGAUCAAUCUGUGACAAAUUUGAAAAUGUACAAAGUAGGAAAGAUGCGAUACACUUUAGUGUCGGAUCAGUCGGGUAGAAUCCAGCUCUUUAGGGACAAUGGUACUUUGUAUGGAACUGCAGAUUCGCCGAGCCUCCCCUUAGAAUUUAUGCGAACUCCCAGCGCGCAGCGGUUGGUGUUCCUCACAGAUAGUGGCGUGGGUUCAUUAGAUUUGAGAACAAUGCAGGUGCGCAGCAGCCCUUGCGAAGGUUUGAAUACUUCCACAGUUAUGGCCUAUGCAUUCGAUGUUGCUGGCCGCUCCAAGGCAAAUGGGUUUACCGCAGAUGGGGAUCUGGUGUACGUUGCACUUACAGGGGAUAUGCUUCACAGUGAGUGCCAGGUCAAGAAAAGGAGGAAAGUAGAAGUUCCAGGACCGUUUUUCCCUCAGGCGUUGAAAGGUUAUCUGCUGGCCGCUGCUCCCGAUCAUGUCCUUGUGUAUAAUACAACUUUACAUAUGGGCUUCAACUAUGCCAACUUUUGGGUUGGCGGCCCUAGACCUCUUUUUAGUGUAUCUUUGAGUGAAAUCGCUCAAUCUUUUCUCAAAACACCUAUAGCAAAAAGCCGUUGGCCAGUUAUGGCAAGCAACAGGGAUAAACUGGUUGUGGUUGGUUUUGGUCAUGGAUACGUCGCCAUGUUUCGAUCCAAUCUGCCUGUCGCCAAACCUACCGAUUUCAGCUCCAAGUUUUGGAGCAGUCCGAUCCUAUUGGCUGCCCUCGUGCUGCUGGGUCUCUGGCAGUUCUUCACCAGGAGAAGAGAGCCUGGAACCAUAAUUACAACGGAAUAUCCCUUCGGUGGGCCAGGUUAUAGGAAAGUGGAAACUGUAAGGCUCAGUUUUGGGGAAAGAGGAGAGGAAAGAGCUGCUGUGUCAGAGCCUAGGAGGUUCAGAUCACCGACUAGAGGAUAUGUAGCGCCGAACCCGAGUACUUUCAACUCCGGUGCCCUGAGUUUUAGAUCAUCGACUGUGGAUUCUGGUUCUUAUUCAGCCAGAAGAGAACCACUUUUUGCCAGUAACCAACCGGUUGGAGAGUUGCGGGAAACCGAAUUGCUACAGUGAGCUGUUUACUUGUUGUAUAUUAAAUCAUAUAUAUAUUCACCUUUUUGGGAUUACCUUUCAACUGGUGCACUCCAAAGAAGGCAAAGUGUUAAGUUUUCGUGUGUGCGUUUUUGCAAGCUGUAGACUCUGCAAUCUCCUCUUCCUACAGCUUAAGUGCUAUCUCGCUUACAAGGAAUUUUAGUUUAUACGAUCAACGAUAUACUUUUUACCAUGGA